AUUACUCUAUAUAACCUUCAUUAAGUGGUUUUCAUCUGUUCCCCAACUGAACUUCAGCAUUGCACUUGUGGUUAUUUUUGUUGACUUCCCAUAUGGAUUCUCAAGCUUCACAGGUACCCAGUUUUUUCACGGAAGACUCAGAUCAGGAAAAUGCUGAUGAGAUCUCUCAAAUGGCUACCAAAAGGUCUCCAAGAGGUCCCGGGUUUAAUGUAGAUGAGGAUCGACUCCUUAUCAGUGCUUGGUUGAAUACUAGUAUGGAUUCAAUACAAGGCAAUGAUCAAAAGCUGCAUACUUUUUGGGGGAAAAUUACUGAGUACUAUCAUCAGUACAAGUCCUUCAACAGUGAUCGUUCACAACCGAUGCUGACACAAAGGUGGGGAAAAAUACAAAAGGUGGUGAACAAAUUUUCAGGAUGUUUUGCAGCUAUAAAUGGAAGACAUGAAAGUGGAAAGACUGAACAAGACAAGAUUGCAGAUGCGAAGAAGAUGUUUGAAGCACAAGAAAAGAGAAGGUUCACACUUGAUCAUGCUUGGAUUUUGUUAAGGCACCAACCAAAGUGGAUACAACUAAUGCAAGAGCUGGACAGCAAGAAAAGUAAGCAAAGAUCUAAACCUUCUAUAACUAAUAUCUCAUCAUCUUCAACUAUCGGCACUCACAUAGUUAUUGAAGAAGAAGAAAACACUUGCUUUCCAGUGGCUAGACCACCGGGUAAGAAGGCUGAGAAAAGAAAGUUGAAAGAAACAACUGAUCAGUUGGUGGAAAUAAAAAAAUUACAGCAAGAGAAAAAAGAAAGAGAUGAAAAAAAACUAGAAAUUAUGAAGGAGAAAAUUGAAGUUGACAAGGAGAAACUGCGAGUUAGGAAACUUGAGGCUGAGAAUAGGAAAAUUGAGGCUGAGAUGAGAAUUAUGUCUAUGGAUACAUCUACUAUGAAUCCGGAGCAAAGGGCAUAUUAUUCCAAACUUCAAAUGAAAAUUUUGCAAGGUGAUAUAUGAAGUUUGAUGUAGUUUAUUCCUCCAAUGGUUUUUGAAGACUAGCUAGUUGCUCUUUUGAAGAAAGCCUUCUAGUUUUUUUAGGUUGGAUCAGUUUGUUUUCGUGACAGUCAAGUUGUAUAUGUUUAUGUGAUCAAUGUGCAUUAUGUUUUGCUAUGUAAUCUUCUUUCUCAAAUUCUUCCAAUCUUAAGACCAUGAAUGGAACCAUUUGCCUUGUAUGAUCUUUGAUUUACAAGAUACAAAAAGAAAGAAAGGAAAACAACUCUUAAAAUAGAAUUUUUUAUGUUAAAUAAUAUUCAAAUUUGACAUCUCCAUUGGAGUUAAAACAAGUCUUCAUGUUGCUAUGUCAA